AUGGCUCACGGCACUAUCACGCCUUUUCGGCAUGGUGGGAACUGGUCCGCAUGGCGUGACCGGUUUGAGUUUUAUUGUGAGGCCAACGACGUGACCACCGAGGAGAAGAAGAAAGCCCUUCUCCUGUCAUUCUGCGAUGAAGAAAUAUACGGUAUUGUUUGUGGCAUGGUUCUGCCGCAAUCGGUUCGCCAGGUACCGUAUCAAGAGUUGCUGAAGCUUCUCAACGAUCGUUUUGAAGCGAAACCGUCCGAGCUGGUGGGACGUUCCCAGUUCUACAGAAGAGAUCAACAUGAGGGGGAGUCGAUUGAUGACUUCGUAUCGGCGCUGAAGGUUUUGGCUAAAGAAUGCAACUUCGGUGAAGUCGCGGUGUCGGGUCAGCGUUCUGACGCAGCCAGUUCCAACGCGGCGACCCAGGCGGCUUCCGCAAGUGAAGACAGCGUGACGACAGCAGCACCGGCAACCGCAGCAACUCGGACAUCCGUGACUGUGCUGCAGCCUCAGUCCACCAGUUUGCCUCUUAACGUGAUGUUGCGUGACAGAUUCGUGUGUGGACUAAGGGAUACUCACCUUCAACAGCGUCUGCUCAGUGAACGUCACCUAACGUUUCGAAUUGCGUACGACAUGGCCAAGGCAGCCGAUGCAGCUGCAACCCACCAAGCUCAGUUGAGAGCACGAGAGCACAACGGAGAGGUACACGCUAACGCGAAGACAAAUACUGGCCUUGGACUGGCUCGGAAACCCAGAGGGAACGACGGGAAGCCUAAGGACAGCUUUCAGAGGCACGAUUGUUACCGCUGCCUGGGGUCUCACAAGCACACGGAUUGUCCAUUCAGAACAGCAAUUUGCUUUUCAUGUGGCAAGCCUGGACACUUGCGGAAAGCCUGUCAAAAGCGCAAACAAAAGGGCGGAAAGACUCAUGUGGCACAGGAAGAGCAGAAAGACAGUGAUUUGUACAACUUGCACCAAGUACAUUCUGUGCAUUCUACUGUUCCCAGGUACGCUGUAACUCUGCGCGUGGAUGACAAGCUUGUGCCCUUCGAGGUUGACUCUGGUUGUGCUCACACACUUAUAAGUGAAGAAACAUACACAGCUACUUGGAUCAAGAAGCCACCCCGGCUCGGGCCAGUUGAGGUAGGCUUGCAAACGUGGUCGGGUGAACCAAUGAAGUUAAAAGGUUCGGUGCAAGUCAGAGUCAGGUGGAAGUCAAAGGACUAUCUGUUACCUCUUCUGGUGGUGAAGGGUACCGGGUGCAGCUUGUUGGGCCGCAACAGGUUCCAGCCGCUCAACAUCAAGAUCAGUGGUGUCAACAACGUUUCCGCUGCUACCAGCAUAGAUGCAUUGCUGAGCAAGUUCUCAUCAGUGUUUGCGGAUCCUUGUGAAGGACAUGCUGGGCCACCAGUUGAAAUAGAACUUAAGCCAGAUGCCGUGCCACAGUUCAGGAAGGCACGCCCGGUUCCUUUUGCCUUGCGCGGGGCAGUGGAGCGUGAACUCGAGAAGUGGGAAAAGCAAGGAUUCAUCUCGCCAGUUCAAUAUUCGGACUGGGCUACUCCAGUGGUCAUAGUGCGUAAAAAAGACGGUGGGAUCCGCAUGUGCGGUGACUAUAAGUCAACAGUUAAUGCUAUGGCUAGGAAGGCUUCUUUUCCUCUACCCACAGCGAGUGAAGUGCUUGCGAGUCUGCAAGGUGGCAGUGUGUUUUCGACUCUCGAUCUGGCUGAGGCGUAUCAGCAGUUGCACGUGACAGAACAAACAUCAAAGAUCCGUACAAUCAACACACUGAAAGGGCUUUACGCCGUCCACAGGCUCCCUUUUGGUAUUUCGGCUGCUCCAGCCAUUUUUCAAAGAUUUAUGGAAACCAUUCUGGCAGGAAUUCCAGGCACAAGUGUGUACCUGGAUGAUGUGAUUGUUGCAGGGAGAACAGACGAUGAGCAUAAACAGAGGCUGGAAGCAGUGUUACGACGACUGUGUGAUGCCAAUCUGAGACUAAAGAAGUCUAAGUGUCAUUUUGCUAUGCCGGAGGUUCGCUACCUAGGGCAUCGCAUCAAUGCAGAGGGCAUUCAUACGACCGAAGAAAAAGUGCAAGCACUACUGGAUGCUCCAGAGCCAACAAAUAAGGCGCAGCUCCAACCACUUUUGGGGAUGUUAGCAUUCUACGAUAAAUUUCUGCCAGAUCGGGCAUCGACAGCUAAGGAUCUCUACGAGCUACUGUGA